AUGGAUCCUCUACCUGAAGUUAUUAUCAAAGGUUUUGAUAAAAAGUUAUUCUAAAAAUUUUUUUAUUAUGGAAUUCAAGAGGAAGAGGAAGAUGUCGUAGAUUAUAGUCAAGAACUGGUAUCGCCGAGAAGAAAGCGUCGGAAUGUCUGCCGUCUCGUACUUGACGUUUGAGAUAAAUAAAAAAAAAUAAAAAAUUAAAUUUGAAGGGACCCCAGAAAAGAAAGACCCGUCGAGAAAAAAGUGUUGUGGCGCCAACGAAUCUUUUUCCAACGCCUUCUGUGUCCCCUUCUCAGGUAUCUGGUUCCUGAAAGUCUGAAAAUGCACUUUUUCGAGGAAGUAGGCUCGAACUUUUGAAAAAUCAGAGAGUUUUUUUUUCCAUGAAAUAAACAUUUUUGGAGGUUGACAACUUUAUUCGGUAUAUCAAUGAGUUCUGUUAAUAGUUUUUACAGAGUACUGAAAAAAACUAGUGGCCACUUAAAAGGUUGCGUACCCCAGGGGUUUGCGUAGCCCAGGGGUCGGUUAGCGUACCCCAGGGGUCGGUCAUCGGACCCCUUCUGUUUCUACUUUUUAUUAACGACAUUACGGAUAACUUUCGCUCUGCGCCCCUUCUCUAUGCUGACGAUUUAAAAAUUUUUUCUUCGCUCACAAAAACCUCUAGUUCUACUGUCAUCGAAGAAGACCUCAAAUUACUUGAAAACUGGUGUUCAACAUGGCAAAUGGCUAUAGCUCCAACUAAAUGCUAUUCUAUUCAUUUCGGAAAACGUAACCCAAAUAUUUCUUAUAAAAUUUCAAACAUGGCUUUACAGCCUAAACUUUUAGUUCGAGAUCUUGGUGUAGUUUUCUCAAAUAACCUUAAGUUCAAUGAUCAUAUAUCUGAAAUCUGCAGACGGUGUAAAUGUCGCAUAAAUGUUAUGUUUAACGUGUUUCGAUCCACUGAGCUCUCAUUGUAUUUAAAAUGCUUUGAAGUGUAUAUUCGUCCUAUUAUUGAUUAUUGUUCUGUAGUCUAUGCUCCAAUUGACUCUCACAAUAUUUGUUUGAUUGAAGGUGUUCAGAAAAGUUUCCUUUUCCGAGCUUACCAUCGUUGUGGCUUGCCCUACCACUCUUAUUUCACUUGUUUAUCUGAAAAUAGUCUCAAAACUCUUGAGACAAGACGCCUCAUCUUUGACAUGUCUCUUGUUUAUAAAAUUGUACUUAGAGGAGUCCCCAUUGAUUUCGAUAGUCUCUUCUUUUUCCCCCGUGUCCGUGCGCUGCGUCGCCAUCGCUAUUAUCAAAUAUAAGACAUAAUAGUAACAUCGUUGCCUCGUUUUUUAGUAUCAGAAUAAUUAAUGUUUGGAACUCCCUUCCCGAUGUUGUAUUUGAUCUAUGUAAUGAUUCUAUGCGAUUCAAAAAUCUAUUUAGAAAACAACCCCCAUCUUCUCGCUGACUUUCUUAAAAAUAUCUUCUAACUUUUUAAACGGUUUGUUACUGUUUUUCAAUUUUUUUAAAUUUCCCUUUUUUUGAAAAUUGGUUCUGUUAGAGGUCUUUUUCGGCCCUUGAACUGUAUUAUUAUUCGUAUUGAAUAAAUGAAUAAAUUAUGGUUUCUCAAGGACUACUUGGAGAGUACACUGAAGUGGUCAAAAAAAAAGCCAUUUUUUUGCGACUUAGUGACCCCUAAGUAGCUCCUAGUGGUCUAGUAGUACCACUUAGACUUCUGAAGAGGCCACUAAAUUUCAGCCAAUCAAGUAGCCACCAAUUCGACGACUAUAGUGGCUAAUAAAAAGUCAAAACCUUAAAGUGGCCAUAUCAACGGGAAUUUGAUUCUUGCAGAUGAGCUCGGAAGCAGAAGAAGAAGAUAGAAAUCUGCAAAUUUCGAAUAUUGAAAGUCCGACGCUUUCAAUAACUGAGGGACAAGGAAGCGGCCACAGAGGAAAGUUUCGCAGAGCCGACAUCCCGAAAUUCCAAAAAGAAACGGCUGAAUGCGAAGUUCAAGUGUUGCUUAAUGUCAGUUCUUCAACUCUCAGAAGGUGCUGAAAAAGUUUCGUUAAAAGCUCCAAAAGUUAUGGGAAAAAGCUUUUGAGCAUCUUUUUCAUAGCCUCAGAGGAUCCUUUUGAAUUCCGUAGAAAGUUUUCUAGUUGCUUUUUAACAUCUUUUCAUCAGAGAAUCUGGAAAAGAUACAAAAGAAAAAUAAAUAGGAUUGUUGGGGACUCUUGGAAAAUCUUUUUUUGAAAUGGAAGACUCGAUAAAGGGACUCUUCCUUCUGCCUUUUUGCUGCUUUGUUUUAAAUCUCUCCCUUUUAGCGAUCAUUAUCCAUAAUUCCGACUUUGCCCAAGUAUAUAGUUUACUCUGAAAUUAGGUUUUUGUUCCAUUACUAUCAUUUUCAGUCGUCGCAAAACGAUGAUUGGGUGUUUAUCUUGUGGAAAGGUUGGGAUCCGUCGACCGGCGAGUUUCAGAAUAUGGCGGAAAUCGGAUCGGGAACACGGGAUGCAGUUUGUCGUUCUUUUUCUUAAAAUUUGAAACGAGUUUUCGUACGAAAAUCGAGUUUUAGUGUCGUUUUUUGGGUUAUUUUUGAAGGGAAAUCAAAUUUCAAUAAUUUUGUCGAGGAUUUUUGGACGAAAAAUCAAGUCUCAGAAUUAUUUUUCAACAAAAUCUGGUGGUAUGAAAAAAACACCAGCGAAAAUUCAAACGGCGACUUUUUCCGAUUUUUUUUAAUAUCGCUAGGGAACUUUCCGACGGCCACCUUUCCGACGAAACUUUUUUUCCGACUUUUUUUCCCUUGUGCUUUUCGGUUUAUAAAACGUCUAUGAACAUUUUUUUCCCUAUUUCUUUGUGUUUUAAUUAUGAACAAACUACCUACUUUAUAUAGGAAGAUGUAAAACGAAGAGUUUAUCGAGAAAAAAAAGUCGGAAAAAGUUUCGUCGGAAAGGUGGCCGUCGGAAAGUUCCCUAGCGAUAUGAAAAAAUCGGAAAAGUCGCCGUUUGAAUUUUCGCUGGUGUUUUUUUCAUACCACCCAAAAUCUAAUUUCAAAGUGGAUUUUUAGAGAUUUUUCGGACAAAAAUCUUGUUUUCCAGCUUUUCCACCUCUAUCAGCGAAACGUGGUGUAUGACGCCAUCGAGAAGGAUUUGAAGAAAAAGGGCAUCUGGGCAAAUUAUCAACGAGAAGGCGUUAACCUGAAGAAGAGGCUGCCGGUGAAUAACAUAAAAAAAUUUAUUUGGAAUAAUUUUUUUAUUUUAUUUUAUUUUUUUGCUUGAAAUUCGAAAAGUCAAGAAAAAAAGUCGAAGCUCCUCAAGAACGGAAAAAAAUGGUCUCUGGAGGGGUCAGCGAGAAAGAAGCCCCUUUAAUGGAUAAAAUUGGCUUCCUAGAAGCUUGAGUGAAGCUGGAGUGGUCCCUAUAGUGAUAUUUUUAUUUUUUUAUCAAAAAAUUUAAAAAAAGACUUGCAGGGAUGUCCCCCGAAAAUGGUCAACACUUUUUUAGGUGGUCCCUUGAGGGGUCCCUUGAAUCACAAAAGCCCCUGAGGUGGCUUCUCUAGUGACCACUUUGGCGUUCCUGAUUCAGAAGAAAUACGGUCUUCAAAAAGAACGUUCAAAAAAUGAUAAAGAGUGAAAAGAUUGAAAAGGGUUCUCAAAAAAGGCUUAAAAUUUCCGAUUUUCAGCCAUCAACUUCAUUUUUUUGGACCUUGCUGGAUCUGGAGGACGAGCAUAUGCAGAUGUCAGUUUAUAAGAUAAAAUAUUUUUUUUUCACGGAUUUUCGAAAACUUUUGUUUUUUCCUCUCAUUUAGCACAUUCAAAUAAGACCAAGUUAAAAAAAAAGACGAGAGAACAGUGGCCAUCCGAAGAGACGCCAGAGAAAGAGAGAUUUCCACUUUUUUCGAGUCUUUUCUGACUCGCCUCGUUUUCUUUCCACAUUUAGUUGAAAAUUAUACCUUUUCAAAGUUUUCUUUUCAAAAGGGAAUUUUUUUAUAGCCACGCACAAAAAAAUGCCGGCCUUUUAUUCUACGCGACUUGGUUGAAGGAGAGAUUCCGAUCGAACCAAAGAAUGCUGAAAUCUCUUUCUUUCGAGGUUUUUCUUCACAAGGAAGGUUUUUGCGGUUGGGAUUUUCCUCGAAACUCGUAGAUGUGCCAGGAAAAGACUCUGGAAUUAUCAAUCUCCAAAACUUCCUCAAAGUCAAAAGGAGCCCUCAAAAACCGUUAACCUAGGCCAUUUUUGGGCUUUUAAUUUUCGAAAACUAGAGAGUUUUGCACUUUUUGGUACAUCAAGGAAUUCCCAAACGCAAUGUAAAAUGACCUCCUCAUACGUCGGCUGGAUCCCACCCCGGGGUGCGGCCUUCCCCUUCUAAAAAUUGCGGCCUAUUUCAGUACAGCUUUGAACUUUUUUUUCGCGCGCCAAUAGUUGGAGUGGGAUCCAGCCGAUUCAUGGACUUUCCUUCUCAGUUUGCAGUAUUUUUGGUUUAAUUAAUGUAUUUCAGUACUUGAACGAAAAUGUCUUGAGUGCACAGAUGGCGAAGAAUGCGCCGCAAUUGAUCUCUGACUUUGGACAAAAGGUUAGAUGGGUUAUGGGAUGAUUAGAUCAAUAAAUGUAACAAAAUUAAGUUUUUAAGGUUGACAAGAAAAAAGGACAUAUUCAAAAUCUUCUUUUUUUUUUCCAAAAUAGGAAUUUCUGUUCAAUUUCAAGUUCAUCGGUCGUGAGGCUAUGAAGAGUUUUAAAAAAAUGGCACAUUUAUCUCAAAAAUCCGUUUCAACUGUCCCUUUGUCUUUAAUAAGGGAAGGUCCCCCUUUGGAGUUAAUUGAAAUAGCGCUUUUUUUAGUCACAUUUUGUGGACUUCAUAACUCGGAAACAAGAUCUGUUGCGAGGAAUUUUUUUCCUUGUUCUGGAUUCAGGAGGUGCCAAAGUAGACUUCAGCGAAAUUUCAUCAAAAAGUUCAACGAGAGGGGGGUGGGAGUAAUAAAGUAAAAGAUCUUUGCUCUUGCGAGCUAAAAAUCCUUUGUUGGAAGAAGCUUCAUUUAAAUGCGGUACGCGGAACAAGGAUUGAAAGUCAGAAUAUUCAUUGAAUUGAUCAAAACAAGCAAAGUUAUAAAAUGGUAGAUGAGAGCAGAGGUGGAGAAUUGGGAAGGCAGCCCUUGGCUUGGCGGCCAAGCCAAGCCAAGAAGCCAAACGAUAGAAAUGAGCCAUUAAUUUACGUGGUCUUUGGCAACUAGGUCAUGUACGUGGCGAUAACGCCCUGUACUAAUCAUUAUCAAUUUUGUAAAUUUUGAAUUUUUUUUUUUCGCAACUCGUGUUAACGUUUUUAAUCUACUGUAAAAGUUAUUUCAGCAGGGAAUUGUCACUGAAACGGGUCAAAAGGCUACCUUUUCAAUCUCACUAGAGAACUAUUUUGACAAAAAAAUUUUGAGAUGCUAUGAAAUUGAUGCAAAAGUAUUUCUCUUGAUUCAUUUAGUUUCCAAAAAAGUCAAAUGGCUGAAAAAUCCUAUUACGCCAGGCCACCUCGUUAACAGUGGAAGGCUUACAGUUCUCUACCUGGAUUUUUCCGGUGGUAUAAAAAAAACCAGCGAAUUUUCGAAUGGCGACUUUUUCCGAUUUGUUCAAAUCGCCAGGGAACUUUCCGACGGUCACCUUUCCGAGGGACCACUUCCCGAAUUUUUUCCCUUUUAUUUUUCGGUUCAUAAAACAUUUUUUUGUCUACUUUUUUUUGUUUUAUUCAUGAAUCAACUACCUACUUUAUAUGGGAGGAUUCAAAACGAAGAGUUUAUUUAGCAAAAAAGUUGAAAAGGAUUAGUCGGAAAGUUCUCCGUCGGAAAGCUCCCAAGCGAUAUGAAAAAAUCAGAAAAAUCGCCGUUCGAGUUUUUGCUGAUCUUUUUUUUCAUACCACCAUUUUUUCGUGUUUUUGUGUUUUUGUAAAUGCUAGGGCGAUAUCGCCAUACAAAUGACCGUCGCGCCACGCUGACUUUUGAAAAAGUCAUUUCUGCCUUUUGGGCGUUUAUGGCUUGGCAGGCAGGGCGGCCAGAGGGCAGCCAUCCUCCACCUCUGGAUGAGAGAAAGAGGACGGCAGCGCGUCCGCGGCCGGAUGGAUCUUGUCUUUGGCUCCGUGUCGCUUGGUUUUAUAGGGGCUGGAUGGCGACGUCUGAAAGCUUUACAGUUAGAACGUUCGAAAUAACUGCGUAGGAGGUGGUAAGAGAUUGUACAGAAGCGGAGGCUCAGAGAGGAGCCUUCGCUCGAGGCUUUUACCGGUCGCGUCUGGUGAUGCGGCGCGCGGUAUUGAAAGGCUUUUAGCGUGAGUGCUUUUAGAUGACGCUUUGAUAAGGAGCCGAUUUCAACGAAAUCGAAGUUGUUUCUUUGAUCGUUCCAUUCUAUUUUCCAUUUCUGUCUGUUCUCCGAUUAACCACACAUCAUCCGUUCGAAAGCUCAAUUUAAAAAAAUGUAAUUUUUCUAGAGUUAACGACUUAAUUUCUUCUUUCAACUGGGAUCGGCAGUUCAGCUACUUUUCCUCUGUUGAGAGUAAAUUUUCUCAUUUUUUAAAAAUUUUUAAUGAAAUUGUUCGUGAUUCCUGUUCUAGUCUUCUAACUCCCCCCCUCAGUCGUCGCCCAUUCAACCAUGACAAUCGUAUUCGCCGGCUAAAUAUUAAAAGAGCCAGUCUCAUUCGUGCUAAUCUUUUCAAUAAUUCUACCCGCCUCCAAUUCAAUCUACUGUAUAAAAAAAUCAAAGCUUGUGCCUCCUCCAUCUCCCUGGCACAGGAAACUUACAUUGCUAACAAUUUCAACCAUGUUCAACUUUCCAAAUAUAUCUCCAAAAAACUCAAAUGUUGUUCUUCCAUCCCCAACAUUACUUACAACAAUUCCCUUAUUUCUGAAAGCUCCUCAAAAGCAGAUGUUUUUGCUCAAAUUUUUAGCACAAAUUUUUCUGAUGAAGUUUACGAUUUGAUGCCCAUUUUCCCUUCCCCGAAAGCCACUAACUGCUCUAUUUCGUUCACUCCUGAAUUUGUUUAUAAAACUCUGAUAGCUUUACCUCCCAAAUGCGGUUUUUCGCCUGACUUAAUCAAUCAACUUGUUUUAAAAAGGUGCUCUACAUCUAUUUCUAUUCCUCUGUCUAUUCUGUUUAACGAAUCAUUUUAUUCCGGUUUCAUUCCACCCUCCUGGAAAUCUACCACGGUAAUUCCUAUUUUCAAACGUGGAAACUUCAGAUCCGUCAAACUACCGCCCUAUAUCCUUGACACAUCCUUUGUCCCGGGUCUUUGAAAGGAUUAUUUGUGAUAUGAUUCGCCGGAGAUUCUCCUCAUUGUUUUCUGAAUCUCAGUUUGGUUUUUUAAACAAACGAUCUUGCAAAGCUUAACCUUCUAUCUUGCCUCUCCUCUUGGCAAAAAAAUCUAUCGCCUCGAAAAAAAUUUGUCGAUGUUGUUUAUUUUGACUUUGCCAAGGCUUUUUGAUAAGGUAAAUCAUUCUCUGCUUGUUCAUAAGCUCAAGAACUUUGGUCUUGACGAAAACGUUGUUCGAUGGUACAAAAAAACUUCUUAUCUGAGCGUGUUUCUAAUGUUCUGAUCGAUGGAUCUCGUUCUUCUCUUACUUAUCUCAAUACUUCCGGUGUCCUUCAAGGAACUGUAUCUGGUCCUUUGCUUUUUUUCUAAUUUUUCAUCAAUGAUAUUGUUAACUACAUUGACCAUGAAACCUCAAUCUCUCUGUUCGCUGAUGAUAUAAAAAAAUUUACAGUUCUAACCCUGAAUCUCUCCAACGUAGUAUUAAUUCCAUAUUUGAAUGGUCUUCCAUUUUGGGGCUUGCCUCUUGCUGCGCACAAAAACUUUUUGCUAUCAACCUUGGUCCCCUCAAUCCCAAAACAACUUAUUUAAUCAAUGGUCUGUCUAUUCCCAGAAAAAAACCAUUAUCCGUGAUCUAGGUGUUUCUUAUCGAUGAUAAACUAACUCUCGCUCCUCACAUUAACAAUAUCGUUUCUUUAGCAACCCUUCGUUCCAAUCAGAUACUCAACUGUUUUUCGUUCCAAAUCACCUGAUCUAUUGUUCAAAAAUUUUUUUAACACCUAUGUAAGGCCUAUUCUAGAAUACUGCUCCGAAGUUUUUUUAACCCUCCCCUUAACUCUGAUCUCUGCUACAAACUGGAAUCUCCUCUCAGAAUUUUUUCUCGUAAAAUUUUUAUUAGGUCCAACUUAUCCUUUGAAUCUUACUCUGAUCGCCUUGAACAAUUUGAUAUCUCUCCACUUUACCUCAGACGAGCUAUAUCUGACAUUCUGACCCUUCAUAAAAUUGUCUUCGGUAUCGAUCAUUUUCCCCAGUUCGAACUUUUUGCCCUCAGGUCCAAUUUAAGGCGAAAUCCACUUCGACUGCGUUCUCAAGGUCAGUUUUCUAAUGAUUUUUUCUUUAAAACAAUUCCUACUUGGAACAAACUCACUUCCAAAUUUCAAUUCAGCCACCACCCCAAGUCUUUAAAAAAUUUACUGGUCAAUCUACCAUUGCACGAGAUCUUCUUGUCUAUUCCUCCACGACUCAAAUGAUGCAUAACUGUAUAAUUUAUUUUCUCAAUUUCUAGAUCCAAGUGAACUCGUUAGGGUUCACGCUGAUCUGUCAAUAAAUUAUUAUUAUUUAAGAGAUUAUUCCUUACAAUAAACGUCCCCUGGUGUCGUGAAACGUCACGAGAUUCUUUAUGACAUUUGCCCCGGCUGCCCCUGUUUUUCCCAUGAAUCGAUUUGAAUACUUAAUGCCUGGGAAAGCCACGUGUAACUGUUUCGCUAUAUAACGGCACCGAUAUUGUAUUGUUUUGUCGGCAUAACACCACCCUGAAUAAAGAAGCAACCAGGCUGUUCGUGACACCUGGUAGGUUGAAUCCCCCCCCCCCCCUUUUGCCAAAAUAUUUUUUUGACAUCUGACGAUGAAAGACUGUAAAUUCAUCAUUCUUUCAGAACAGUCAUGGGGGGAGGGGGGUAACAAACGUUCUCUGGUAAGUUGGAACGCCCCCCGCGCGCCUUUUUGCAAAAAAACGUUUUUUUAUUUUUUUUGCGGCUGUAAAUUCAUCAUUCUUUCAGAACAAUCCUUCUGUAAACGCGAAAGUGCUUUCAUUCCACCCCGAUGGGACCCUAAUUUUGCCCGAGAUUUUCCCGCGGCUGACCUGUGUCACGUACCAGUGCGAUCACAUUGGCGGAUGCCAUCAGAAGUGCGGCAGUCGAUUCAUUGACGUUGGUUUUGGGAUUUUUAAAAAGGGGGUGGAAUUUUAUUUUUUUGAAAUUUUUUUUUGCAAGCUUUUCAAAAAUGAAGCCUUUCGGUAUGAAUUUAUUUUCAGUUUUUAGAAAAAUUGUGCUUAUCGCUUUAUUUUUACGCUAUAUUUUAUAUGAAAAAAAGAGAAUCGCAUGAGUUUUUUUAUUAAAGGCGCAUAGACAGUAAAAAAACAAUAAUUUCAAGCAGAGAUAUGUUUUUUUAAUGGUUAUGGUAGUUUUCUUGGAAUAAACUUUGAAAAAUCGGGUGAUUUUUUUUGUUAAUUUUUUUAUUUUCAAGUUUGGGUCUUCGAAAUCGCUCUGUCUUUUUCUUCAAAAGCAGAGAGAAAGGCUGGGGCGUCCAUGCGGGAAGCAUGAUCAAACGAGGACAGUUUGUCAUCGAAUACACCGGAAAAAGUAGGUUCAAAAAUAAUUAUUUAUGGAACUAGAAUGAUAUGUCACGAAUAAACUCUUUCAAAAAGUCCUCUUUUCGCAUCUUGAAGGGGCUUUUUUUUUCUCUGCGACGCUCUCAUCUUUACGUGCUAUUUUCAUGUUUCUCUGACCUCGCGAGGGAACAGAGAGACGCAGACACUCGAAAAGUGUCAAGUCGCGGUGAAUGGGCUAUAGCUGAUAAUGGUUGGAUUGAGCCAUCGAAAAAUAGGUCCUGACACGAAAAAGAGAGACAGUGUCUGGUUGAUGGAGAGCAGACAGUUCUACGCCUCCUUAGCGCUUGAAAGCCGUGAAUCGGCUAUUUUUAUAACUAGUUUUUCCCCCGCAAGAUGCCGCGUCGCGUCACCCUUACCAAUCUACCCAUCUCACCUUUCAAUUCGCAGAAAAAUUGACUAUAUUUAGCCGAUCUGUCUUUUUUCCAACGUGUCAGGACCCUUUUUUUGGGUGCUUUAAAAAAAAAAGAUUUUUUCUUUUCCGAUGGGUACGGUAUAAGAAAGUCCGCAAUUUGCGUAUGCACUUUGCGUAUUUGCACUUUCUGAGCGGUCCACCCCUGCUUUUUUCCAUUUUCAUUGGAAAUUUGAUCGAAAUUGAUUACAACAACAGGAAAUAGUUGAAAGACACGAUUUAGCCAUCAUUUUCUGAAAAAAAAACGAUUCAAGUAGUAAAAGUGGAACACUGAAAAAGUGCAAACACACGAAAUGCAUAUGAAGAAUGUGGACUUUCACAUACCGUAAUCUUCAAAAAUGGAAAACUUUCUAUUCGAAAUUGAAUGCUUGCUAGUCCUAGAAAAACAUUACUCUUAAAAAAACUUUAAGGAAAAUCUCAAAAUAAGGGGAUACUUUAACUUUAAAGUCAUUUUUUUAAGUUCAAAAAGUUAUAUCUUUGGCUAUAGGAGCCCUAAAUUUAUGUUUCAGGUAAGAAACAAUUCAGAAUUAUGUGCUUGAUAAUCUUGAAGUAGCACCUUUUGCGAUGACUCAAGCUAGCUUUUUAAGAUUUUUAUUUUUUUUAAAUUUCAAUUGUCUAGAUAAUAUCACUGAAUGAAGCAAAGUGCGCAAACCCAAAGUACGCAUUCGACAUUUUGACGGCGAAAUCCGUCAUCGACGCCUCCGAAAGCGGGUCUGACAGCCUUUUUUAAAGGAUUUUGGCAAAAUUUAGUUGUUCAGCAACAUUUCGAGGUUCAUCAAUCACGCCUGUGAGCCCAAUAUGAUUUCCGUCGAGAUCAACAAGAGAGGAAAAUUCCCGCGUUUGGGCUUUUUCGCCUGGAAAGAUAUACAGAUUGGUUCGUUGGAAAGUUCUUUGAAAAGGGAAAAAAAUUAUGAGAAUUUUGAGUUUUUUAGGAUUUUCAUCAUCAAUUUCGGAAAAAUAGCUACGGAACAUGAAAAAUUCUGAUUUUAACUAUAACGAAAGAAAAAAUUUCAUGAAAUAACGUUAUUUUUUGGCUUUUUUUCCCUUUUUUUUUGUUUUCAGAGGGAAAUUUUAUAUCGUCUUUUAGCUUGGAAAUUACUAAUUAUUUAAAAAUAUGCUAUUCUAACCCUUAUUUUUAUUAGUGUUGUUCAAAAUCACAUAUUCCAACUUUUGCACGAGCUCUAUCAUUUUAUAGUCAACCGCAGUACAGUUAUUAACUCCUUGAAACCGAAAAAUUCAGGCGAAGAAUUGUCGAUUUGCUAUUGGCCGCAUUUGAUUGGCAAAGCGGUUGAGAGGGAUCCGACCGGCGUGAAAUGCCUGUCAGUUUGUUGCGAUUUCAUUUUUUGGGAUGUCGAAAUUUGUAUUUCUCCUCCAAUUUUGAAUAUCAAGGCUGAAUGAUUCGUCCCAUACUCUAGCAAAAAAUUGAGGUGUACCCCCCUACCUCGUUUUUUGGUGCACCCCGCGUUUGACCUGGAUGGUGCGCACCCCUGGGGCAACCGGUCGAAAAAGAUUGUCUUCUUUGAGCUACAGUAACAGCCUAGGAGGAUACUCUAGAAAAUUCUCCAAUAAAAAAGCGGUGCACCCGGCGUCGAACUCUCGGUGCACCCGUAACCAGUGGUUUACUCCCUUUAGCUUCAAAUGCCUGCCAAGAUACUCAUCCUGUUAAACACAUUCUUCUACAGUUUUUUCCUAACCUGUUACUGUAGCUCAAAGAUGACUUUCUUUUUCGACCGGUUCUCCCGGGGGGUGCACCGAGAAUAUCAACAAGAAGUUCACUUUUAUCAGGGUUCACCCUCGUUUUUGUUAGAGUGGUGGUAUUGGGAAACAAACCACUUUGAAGUCGUUUACGGAAUAACCACCUUAAUUUGCGUUUAAAACUAAACGGGGUACACCCCUGGCCUAAAGGAGAAUUUUAAAAAAAUAAAAAAAUAAAUAAAUAGAUAAAAAGGAUACUCGAGAAGUUUCUUCUGGAGUUAAAAAGAGUAUACGCCUCUUUGAUUUAAAUAGAUAUUUUCUUUUUUUCGGAAAUCCAAAUUUUUUUAGCUGUUCUUCGCAACGUUGUUGGAAGUUCCUGCCCGCCCACAAGUCCUCGCCGCGGCGCCCAAUUCGUCAAAAAAAUCAACGAUCGUCAAACGCGAAGAAUAAUUGGAAAAAUCUCUUUUUUUCUUUUUUUUCGCUUCAUAUUUUUUUAUGCAUUUCCUCAUUCCACUAACUCAAUUUCCUAUGAAUGCUUUUUGUUGAAAAAAAUUUUUCCCCAUGUUUUUUUAGGUGUUUUUUUCUUUGUUAAAAAUCUUUUGCCAUAUCAACUUUUUUUUAAAUUUUAUACAUGAUUUUUUUCGCAUUUUUCACGCUUCACAUUUUAUGCACUGCCUUAUUUCACUUGCUUGGUCCGCUUUUUCCAAGUGUUUCUAGGCGGAUUUUUUGAUGACGGGUCGCCCUGGGCCGGCCCGGCCCGCAAAGCGGUCACAUUGUUAGCAAAAGAGUCAUUUUUCCAUUCAUUGUCAACUUUAUGCGGGUCGGGUCACCCUAGGGCGACUUUUUCGAUCUGCGGGUCACCCGAGGGCGUCCCGUCGGCAGCUCUGUUUCUAUAG